AUGGUAAACGAGGAACUUAUUCUUUUUGCUAUUAAUUCUUUAAUCGGUGCAUCACUUCAACCAGUUACAUCAAUUAAUGAGCUUCAGAAUGCUAAUCACUUUAUCGAAAUUAUUUCUGCAGUUGAAGCACGACAAUUUCCAGAAGCUGAUAUUAGUAUUCCAGCAUUAACUGAUAGUACUGAAGAUAAAUUUGAAUUUAUUCUUCAAUAUCUUUCAAUUCACGGCAAUGAUGUUCUUCUUUUCAAAACGGCAUUACUUGUUAUUUUUAUUGCACGUGAUGAAAUAUUUCGUUCUUUUCAUUUAUCGGCUUUUAAUAAUACUCAAUAUAAACGAUUAACAACUCUAUUUAAGUUACAUAUGAUUAAAACAGUAGCAAAUGAUGCAUAUCAAUUAAAUGUUGAUGCUUGCUUUAUUGAUGCUUGCUUACAAGAUGAUAAAGAAUCACAAAAAACAACAGCUGCUAAAAGAAAAUGUGUAGAUCCAUUGAUUAGUGAUUCAAAUGGUUCACGAAAUAAUAACAAUCAUUCAUUAAUCCUGGAUGAAAGUCGUACUUGUUCAACGAAUCAAUCUCAAAUUGGUACUGUAUCUAUUCAACCAUGUAAUGCUAUUCAGGAAGAUGUAUUUAAAAUUCAAAAUAUACUAGUUAAUAUUAAUAAUAAAUAUGGUGAUCUUGAAAAACGUUAUAAUACAUUAAAGAGAAAGCAUAAUGAAUUAAAUGAAAAAGUUGUUCAACAAAUUGAUUAUGAUAUAAUUAAAGAUGAACGCAAUCAAUUGCGUGAAGAUAUUCGUCGAUAUGAAGUUGAAAAUAAAAAGUAG